AUGGCCGACAAAAUGGGCUCAUUUACCGACUUCUUGGAGCUCAUCAUGACCCCCUCCAUGCCGGUCCUCGCCAUCGGCGCCGCCAUCGUCCUCCUCUUCCCCAUUCUCCUGCACUACAUCCUGAUCAAGUCGACGCCCUACACGACCCUCCCCUCGGUCCUCCUGCUGGGCCCCGCCGGCGCCGGCAAGACGGCCCUCCUCACCCUCUUCGAGCGCGGCGACGCCCCCGCCGCCACGCACACGAGCCAGCGGCCCCAGACGGUCGAGCUCACGGCCUCGCGCGACAGCAAGACGGCCCACAGCUUCCGCAACCACGACGACACGAGCGGCACCCACACAAAGUUCCUCCUCGUCGACACCCCGGGCCACGGCAAGCUGCGCAACCACGCAAUGGACAAGCUCUCCGCCGCCGCCGCCGUCACGGACAAGUCCAAGCUCAGGGCCAUCCUCUUCGUGGUCGACGCCGCCGCCAUCGGCGAGAACGACGUCCUCGCGCCGACCGCCGGCUACCUCUACGACGUCCUCCUGGCCCUGCAGAAGCGCGCCGCCUCGGGCAAGUCGUCCAAGCCCCCCGCACCCGUCCCCGUCCUCGUCGCCGCCAACAAGACGGACCUCUUCACGGCGCUGCCCGCCACCCUGGUCAAGUCGAGCCUCGAAGCCGAGAUCACCCGGAUACGCUCGUCGCGCAGCAAGGGCCUGCUGGACUCGGGUGUCGGCAUCGACGACGUCGGCUCCGAGGAGCACGACGACUGGCUGGGCGCCUACGGCACGGAAAAGUUCACCUUUGACCAGCUGCGCGAGUUCGACAUCGACGUCGACGUCAUUGGCGGCAACAUCACCGGGAGCGGCUCGGGGCCCGACAAGUGGUGGUCCUGGAUCGCCCAGCGGGUAUAG